ACGAAGACGAAUUUAACACAGCUUUUCCACCGAGGCAUUCACUUGCAGUGAAGUUGGGCAAUCUCGCGACUAGAGUUUCUAGUUUUCGCGGUGUCGCGCUGAUCUUUUUUCUCCUCUCCUUUCUUGCGCCUUUGAAGAAAGCCUCCAUAGUCGGGCUAAUAUUGAAGCCCGUGUGACAGAAGUGCUGUGCAGUGAAUAGUGAAAAUGUUGAUUUUGAUGAUGAUCUACACAUUUGAAGAAAUUAAUAUUUGAUUGGAGAUCUAUACCGACGAGAUUGAGGCGCAGGAGAUCUUCUAUUUGGCCAUUUUUGUUAACCCUGUUCUGCUGGUGAGAACGCUGCUGAGGAUCCUGAUUGUUUUAUCUGUUGCGUUCACGUUUUAUUAUCGCAUAAUUUUCUAAAAGCUGAUUGCGAGCGAGAUGGAGAACUUCAGCGACUAAAUUUACCGAAGGUGCAUAACUCAGCUUGAUGAAAUGCCCGCUCUCCGACUAUUUGGCAGGAAGUGGCUGGCUGCUUCGGAUGACCUUGUCUUUCCGGCACUCUUUGAAAUAUGCUUUCGCAUCGUUUGGUUAAUUUUAAUUGGAAUUGUCACGGAACACUACUGGGAUCAAACAUGGAACUGCAUAGAAGACGGUUUGGGGGUGCAAAUCUACUUGGGCGGAACUCUUGCUCUUAUCAUUCUCAAUUUGCUGCUGCUGAUUGGAUUGACGAACCGGAGUGCGCAAGGCAGUAUCACGGAAACGCACUUGAGACGAAUGGUCGUGCCGCUGUUGGUUUUCAAGAUUUGUCUCAUCCUUCCUGAAAUUGCAUUGAACAUCUUUGGCACAAUUUGGGCGUUCUGCGAUAUGAUUAAGUGCACGACAGGGCAGAAAUUCGCGAGGAAUGUGAUUGAAGCGAUCGUCCUCUUCAAUUGGGUCCUAUUCGCGCUAAUUAUCUUCGGCAUGGCGAUCGUCUUCGAUCCACUGGGCUCGACAAAAUACAAGCGCAGCCGCGAUGCCAAUGACAACAAUGGGCCAAUAGAGUCGGCAUUCCACCGAAAAGUGUACAGUCUUUGGAUGAGGCGCUUCCGCUGGGUCUUCUGCUGUCUGCGCAAGGAUGAGUUCGGCCACGAGGCGUUCGCUCAGGCGGCGAGUCUCUUCAGUGCCCUAUUUCGGGGCACAGAUCUCGUGCCAUCGGACUUUAUGGCCGGUUGUGUGCUUCUCCGCGUGCGACAGAAGCGUGAGACGCGCGAAAUGCGACGCAUCCGGAUGCUGAAUGACGACGGGCCACGCUACUCCACAGACUUGGCCAGGAUCUUUGCCACUGCACCACCAUGGAUGACGCUGAAGAAUGCCAGGCACUUCAUGAGAUUCGCUCUGGCCAGCUACGGAUGGCCUCUAGUCUGCUACAUGCACUGCUGCACGGGACCUUAUCGUCUCAUUAAGAAGUCCAUCUGCUGCGCGUGCUUCAGAUCCAAAUACAACGUGGUUGUUGAUGACAAUUGCUGCCUGUGUCAUUUUGCCGGCGUGAAGUUCAUGUCUCACUUGAGAAACGAGGACGUUCUCUAUGCAUCGUUCAGGAAUCAUGUCUUUGAGUUACCAUUUUGUGUGUUGGCGGAUCACAGCACGAAGAGCAUCGUUCUCUCCAUCAGAGGCAGCUUCUCUUUUCGCGACGUCUUCACAGAUCUCACGGCCAAUUGUGAACGCUUCGAGGCACCGGGAAUGCCACCAGAUUCCGUGGCACAUCGUGGAAUGGUGGCCGGCGUGGAACAACUGAUGAAGCGCUUGCGAGAGACGAACAUCAUUGAAAGAGCUUUCACCACAUAUCCGGAAUACUCUCUCGUACUGACGGGACACAGCUUGGGCGCUGGUGUGGCGAUUCUCCUGGGUGCUAAGUUGCGGCCCAAGUAUCCGGACUUGCGUGUGUACGCGUUUGCGACGCCGGCGGGUCUGCUGAGCCGCGAGGCGGCACGCUACACGGAAACGUACGCCUUCACCGUUGGCGUUGGCGAUGACUUUGUGAUGCGUCUGGGUGUGGACUCGAUUGAGAAUCUGCGAGCGAUGAUUAUUGAGACGAUUCGCGCGUGCAAAUUGCCCAAGUACAGAAUAAUGCUCAAUGGCUUUGGCUAUGCCAUCUUCGGAGUGCCGUCGCGGGAUCUUGAAACAACAUUUUUCGACGUCACGCAGAUCGAGACGAGUGGUCAGGAGGCUUCCGUGGAAGAUCCACCGAUAUCCACGAUAAUGCCACCGACAGUGAGUGGAAAAGCCUCAAUGCUGCCGCGGGACAUUGGCGUUCGUCGCUUUGCCAAGACGCGAUUGUACACGGGCGGAAGGAUUCUUCACAUUGUGCGCAGGAAGAGGACAGAACUGGAGAAGAAGAGCAACUCCGGCGGGCCGACUUUUGAGAUGCGCUGGGCGACUCCGGAGGAUUUCAUGGAAUUGAAAAUAAUGCCACGAAUGUUCCUCGAUCACUUUCCUGACUACAUCUUUAAGACAAUGACGAAGAUUCUGGAGGAGCAGAAAGCCACAGCGGAGUCAAUCACGUCCAUUCAUGAGAUUUAAGAAGACAAGAGGAGCCAAAGUGAUCCUCAUUUAUCCAUUUCAUGUGAGUAAAAUAUUUAUUAACUUAACUCUAGUUGUGUCAAAUUAAAUAUAAAAAGUUUCACUCAUGAUCAGUGUCUAUUGUGUAACCAUGUACUUUCAUUGUGAUAAAAUAUAUUUUAGAUAUGAAUAUUGUAAAACGAAAAAAGAUGGAAAGACAAAAAAAAUUUCUUAGGUGUAAAAUAUUGAAAUGUAUAUGUAUAUAUUCAUUACAUCUAAAAAGCGGAUGAUUCUAAAAAGAAAACUUACCUGUAAAAGAAACCCAUAGAUGUUGUGUGAAAAAUCUCAUGUUGAAAAAAAAGACAAUUUAAUCAUAUGACAAAAGACAAUGUUAAACUGUGAGUAUAAUAAAAUAUUAUUAAGAUAAUAAAUUAUGAAAC